AUGGAGUUAGGGUUGACAACCCAUGGGGAUGUACACAGUUCAGUAGGACCAGAGGAGGUGAAUCCAGGGGUGCUGAGGGAAUGGGCUGAUGACGUUGCAAGGCUGCUAUCACCUUCGAAAGCUCAUAGUCAUGCAAGGAUGUUCAUGGAAAAAGAUGUUAUAUCCAUCUUCAAGAAAGGCAAGAAAGAAGAUCCAGGGAAUUACAGGCUGGUCAACCUCACAUCAGACCUUGGGAAGGCUAGGGAGCAAAUACUUUUAGAAGCUAUUUCUAAACACAUGCAAGACAUGAAGUAUUACAUUGAAGAGACAACUAUUGAGGAGGGCGAACCAUAUGAGGUGGUCACUGAGAUCACUGAGACCAUUAGCACAGACUUCUCAGGUCCUAAAACAACUACCUAUACUGUUGAACGUGAAAAAUCUGUUGAAGAUGCAGCACCUCCAGUCAGAAAGAAGACAAUACGGACAAAAGUGGACCCAUCUAAGUUUUUGACACCUUACCUGCAACACAGUAAUAAAAUGAAGGACCUGUUCAGUGAAGUUAAAUACCGCAUGGCUGGUGAAGUUGCUAAAACUAUUUGCCACGUUGAUGAAAAGGCCAUGGAUAUAGAACAUGCAAAGAAGGUGUCACAGCAAGUGAGCAAGGUAUUAUAUAAACAGAACUGGGAGGAGAAUAAGGACAAGUACCUGCUUCCCCCUGAUGCUCCAGAGCUUGUGAAUGCAAUAAAAAACACAGCAAUGUUCAGCAAGAAACUCUAUACUGAAGACUGGGAAGGAGACAAAACAUUAUUCUAUCCAUACAAUGACAGUCCAGAGCUCAGGAGGGUGGCUCAGGCUCAGAAGGCCCUGAGUGAUAUUGUCUACAAAAAAGGGCAUGAUGAACAAAAAUCUAAAUAUACUCCUCUCCCAGACCCACCCGAUGUGGAACAAGCCAAGAAAGUGACAAGACAGCUGAGUGAUAUUAUUUACCAUGAGGACUAUAAAAACAAGAUCAAAGGCAAAUGGAGUCAAACUCCAUGCUAUGAUGUUGCAAUUGCGAAAAUGAAUGCAGAAAAUCUAAGCAUGAGAAAAUACCAAGAAGAUUUUGAAAACUUGAAAGACCAAAUCUACUUUAUGCAGACUGAAACUCCAGAAUAUGAAGCUAAUAAGCGAGUUUCAAAUAAUGUCAGUAAGAAAUUAUACAAAGAAGCCUAUGAACAAUCAAAAGGAACCAGCAUUAAUUACUGUGACACACCAAAGUUCCAGACUGAUAGUGUUCUGAAGAAUUUUAGUGAUGUAAAAUACAAAGAUGCAUAUCAAAAGAAUAUUUUAGGACACUAUUUGGGCAGCUUUGAGGACCCACAUCAUAUACACUGCAUGAAAGUUGAAGCUAUGAAGAGCGAUAAAAAUUACAAAGCAGAGUAUGAAGAGGAAAAGACAAGAUGCUACUUCCCUCAGACCAUAACUCAGGAGUACGAAGCAAUUAAGAAGUUAGAGCAGUGUAAAGAUCACACCUACAAAAAGCAUCCUGAUCAAACCAAGUUUACUCAAGUGACUGACUCUCCAGUACAGAAGCAAGCAGAGAUCAAUAGCAAGCAGCUGAGUGAUAUAAUAUAUAAAUCCAAAGGCGAAGAAAUUAUUCACAAGUACCACCUCCCUCCAGAUGUGCCCCAGUUUAUACAGGCUAAAGUUAAUGCCUACAAUAUUAGUGAUAACUACUACAAAAUGGGAUUGGAAGAAUUAAAAUCAAAGGGAUAUGAUCUAAAAAGUGAUGCCAUUCCUAUCCAAGCUGCCAAGGCUGCUAGGCAGGCUGUCAGUGAUGUUAACUAUAAAAAAGCCUAUGAACUUGCCAAGGGUAAGUUUGUUGGCUUCAGGAGCAUCCAAGAUGAUCCCAAACUCGUUCAUUCUAUGAAUGUAGCCAAGAUGCAAUCUGAGCGAGAGUACAAGAAGGAUUAUGAGAAGACAAAAACUAAGUACAACAUUCCACUGGAUAUGGUCAACGUUGUCGGUGCCAAGAAGGCUCAAGAGAUUGCCAGCAACACUAAUUACAAGAACCUCCUCCACCACUAUACAUACUUACCAGAUGCAAUGAAUGUGGAGCUUACCAAGAAUAUGAUGGAGAUUCAGAGUGAUAAUGUAUACAAAGCUGAUUAUAACAACUGGAUGAAAGGCAUUGGUUGGGUUCCCAUUGGCUCACUAGAAGUAGAAAAAGCUAAAAAAGCUGGAGAUGCCUUGAAUGAAAAGAAAUACCGCCAGCAUCCAGACACCAUUAAAUUUACAAGUGUGGUGGACUCUCCAGUAAUGGUCCAAGCCAAACAGAAUUCAGUUCAACUCAAUGAUAAACUGUAUAGGUCUUCUGGAGAGGAAGUUAAACAUAAAUAUACUCUAACCCCGGAUCUCCCACAGUUUAUCCAAGCUAGAUACAAUGCAGCUAAUGUCAGUGAUGCUUAUUAUAAACAAGGCUACCAUGAUCUAAUAGCUAAAGGGAACAAGGUGUCUCUUGAUGCUAUUCCCAUUACUCUAGCCAAGGCUUCGAGAAACAUUGCUAGUGAUUAUAAAUAUAAAGAAGCAUAUGAGAAGGCUAAAGGAAAACAGUUUGGUUUCAGAAGCCUGCAAGAUGACCCUAAGCUUGUCCACUACAUGAAUGUAGCAAAGAUUCAGUCUGAGCGUGAGUACAAGAAAGACUAUGAGAAGAGCAAGACUAACUAUCAUGCAACUCCUGACAUGUACAGUAUCCAGGCGGCUAAACAGUCUCAGGAUGUAGCUUCUAAUGCUAAUUACAAAAAACUGAUCCAUCACUACACUUAUCUGCCAGAUGCCAUGGAUGUUGAGCUUGCAAAGAACAUGAUGCAAAUUCAGAGUGAUAAUGCAUACAAACAAGAUUAUAACAGCUGGUUCAAGGGUAUUGGAUGGAGUCCUCUUGGUUCUCUGGAUCUUGAAAAAGCUAAAAAAGCCGGGGAGGCAUUAAAUGAAAAGAAAUACCGUCAGCACCCAGACACCAUCAAAUUUACAAGUAUACCAGAUUCAAUGCCAAUGGUUUUAGCUCAGCACAACACCAAGCAACUGAGUGAUGUAACAUAUAAACAAGAGGGUGAAAAACUAAAACACAAAUACACCCUGGAUCCUGAUGUUCCUCAGUUUAUUCAAGCCAGGGUCAAUGCCUACAAUCUGAGUGAUGCUAACUACAAAGCAGACUGGAAAAAGACCAUAGCCAAAGGAUAUGACCUUAAACCAGAUGCAAUUCCUAUCAUUGCCGCUAAGGCUUCGCGGAAUAUUGCAAGUGAUUACAAGUACAAGGAAUCAUAUGAGAAAGGUAAAGGCAAACAGGUUGGAUACCGUAGCCUUCAGGAUGAUCCUAAACUUGUCCAUUACAUGAAUGUGGCCAAAAUGCAAUCAGAUCGUGAAUACAAGAAGGAUUAUGAAGUCACCAAGACCAAAUAUCAUACUCCCUUGGAUAUGUUCAGCGUGACAGCUGCCAAGAAAGCCCAGGAAGCAAUUACGAAUACUGGCUAUAAGCAGCCAAUUCACAAUUAUACACUCUUGCCUGAUUCUGUGAAUCUGGAGCUAUCAAGAAAUGUGAUGCAGCUUCAGAGUGACAAUGUGUAUAAAGCAGACUUUAAUAACUGGUUGAGAGGAGUUGGCUGGGUACCAAUUCAGUCACUGGAUGUAGAAAAGGCCAAAAAAGCUACAGAGAUUCUCAGUGAGAAGAAGUACCGCCAGCACCCAGACAAGCUGAAGUACUCUAUUACAAUGGAUGCAAUGGAGCAAGUGCUAGCUAAGCAAAAUGCCAAGACCAUGAAUAAGAGGCUCUACACUGAUAAGUGGAACAAAGAGAAGACCAGCAUUCAUGUUAUGCCAGAUACUCCAGAAAUUCUGCAGUCUAGAGUGAACCAGAUCACAAUGAGUAAUAAACUUUACAAAGCUGGAUGGGAGGAAGACAAGAAGAAAGGUUACGACUUGCAGCCAGACGCCAUUCCAAUAAAAGCAGCCAAAGCCUCUGGAGACAUUGCAAGUGAUUAUAAAUAUAAACUAGCCUAUGAAAAAGCAAAAGGAAAGCAUAUUGGAUUCCGCAGCCUUGAAGACGACCCCAAGUUGGUGCACUUCAUGCAGGUGGCUAAGAUGCAGUCUGAUCGUGAAUACAAAAAAGACUAUGAGAAAGCAAAGACUAAUUUCCAUACUCCAGUUGACAUGUUCAGUGUUGUGUCAGCCAAAAAGGCACAGGAAGUAGCUACAAAUGUAAACUACAAAAACUUGAUUCACACCUACAGUGUUCUGCCUGAUGCUAUGAGUCUUGAAUUAGCCAAAACCAUGAUGCAGAUACAAAGUGAUAAUCAAUACAGAGCAGAAUAUGAUGAAAGUAUGAAGGGUGUUGGAUGGGUACCACUGGGCUCCCUGGAAGCUGAAAAGAAUAAGAAAGCAAUGGAAAUCGUUAGUGAAAAGAAGUAUCGCCAGCAUCCAGACAAGCUGAAAUAUUCUGUUCCUAUGGAUUCCAUGAGCAUGGUCUUAGCUUUAAAUAAUGCUAAAAUCAUGGAUGAGCACAAGUACAAACAGGCAUGGGAAGAAGACAAAAAGAAAGUUCACAUCACACCAGAUAUUCCACAGAUUGCUUUGGCAAAAGUUAAUGCAUUUAAUCUAAGUGAUAAAAUGUACAGACUUUCAUUUGAAGAAUCUAGGAAGAAAGGGUAUGACCUCAGAGCUGAUGCUAUCCCUAUUAAAGCUGCCAAAGCUUCUAGGGAUAUUGCUAGUGAUUACAAAUACAAAUUAGGUUAUGAACAAGACAAGGGAAAACUUGUAGGCUUCCGCAGUCUUCAGGAUGAUCCCAAACUUGUCCAUUAUAUGCAAGUGGCUAAGAUGCAGUCUGAUCGUGAGUACAAGAAAGGUUAUGAGGCGAGCAAGACACAUUACCAUACGCCUUCUGAUACGCUCAGCAUUGUAGCAGCUAAGGAGGCACAAGAUCGCAUAACCAAUACUAAAUACAAACGACUGAUUCACCAAUAUAUGCUGCUACCAGAUGCAAUGAGUUUAGAACUGUACAGAAACAUGAAUCAGAUACAAAGCGACAAUGAGUACAAGCAGGAAUAUAAUGAGUGUUUCAAGGGUAUUGGUUGGAGUCCUGCUGGCUCUCUGGAUGUGGAGAAAUCUAAGAAAGCCAUGGAAAUUGCAAGUGAUCAGAAAUACCGCCAGCAUCCCAGCAUAUUCCGCUUUACAAAACAGAACGAUUCCAUGGACAUGGUCCUUGCAAAACAGAAUGCAAAUAUAAUGAACAAACAUGCUUAUACUCAAGCUUGGGAGAAGGAUAAAGUUCAGGUUCAUGUGAUGCCAGAUACACCAGAUAUUCUACAGGCAAAACAGAACAAGGCGAACUACAGCCAGAAACUCUACAAGCUUGGCUGGGAGGAGAUGAUAAAGAAAGGCUAUGACCUGACACCUGAAGCCAUUUCGGUGAAAACUGCCAAAGCUUCAAGGGACAUUGCAAGUGACUACAAGUACAAGGAAGGUUACCGCAAGCAGCAGGGACAUCACAUUGGAUUCCGGAGCUUACAGGAUGAUCCUAAGAUGCUGUGGUCUAUGCAAGUUGCUAAGAUGCAGAGUGAGAGGGAGUACAAGAAAGAUUUUGAAAAGUGGAAGACAAAGUUUAAUAUGCCCGUGGAUAUGUUGGGCUUCCUUCUGGCUAAGAAAUGUCAGGAGUUGGUUAGUGAUGUAGACUACAAACGGGUGCUACACCGCUGGACUUGUUUGCCAGACCAGAUUGAUGUCGAACAGGCAAAGAGGGUCUACGAACUACAGAGUGAU